UAUAUUUUCAUUUUGGUUAUGACACUGACUAAUAAAAUAAAUUAAUCUAUUUUUAGGUGGAGUUAAUGGUUAAAGACCUUUUUAGAAAAUAUUUUUAAUUUGCGUUAUACGCUUUGAUGUGUACACUCCAAGAAUUUAAAUCAGAAUACAAUUUGUAUGGAUACUGACAAAAAUCUAAUCAGAAUCAAAGAUAAACUACGGAUAAAACUGUUGAAAUAUGAAAGUAUUUAGAUCAUUCAUAGACUUUCACUCUAUGGGAAACCAAGCCUGCAACCAAACAGUUCUUUCAAAUUUAAUUUCCUUUGCAAAAUAAUGAAAUGCCGUUUCAGUAUCCGCGUAGAAUAAAAGACUUACCAGUAUUAGAAGAUGAAUCUGAUGAAGAUUUCGAUACACCACAAAAACCUAGAAGUACCAUUAACACACAAAAUAAAAACAAUAAGGAAAAUGUUGAUAAUAACGCAGCCGGUAAAACGACAACUAGUGCAUUGCGAAUGUAUCCCAAAAAACGAUCAGAAUUGCCUAUAUUGGAAUCUGAUUCCGAAGAAGAUGAAUUUCUCAAAAAUGAUAAUUUAAAUUGUGCGAUUUUGAAUGACUCGUUCAUGUUAAGCCCAUCAAAGAGUGAACUUGAAGAUAGUCCAAUUUCUGUAAGAAGUUCUCUUAAUUCAUCAGCUGCAGCUGAUCAAAGCGAUAAAAAUUUAUCACUUAUAUCACGUUUCGACGGCUUAGCAGUGUAUGAAGGAGACAAAGUCCAAAAUCACAAUCAAUCAAAAACACAAUCCAAACCAUUACAAAUCAUACAAGAACAUAAGCCACUAAUCGUCAAAGAAGUUACUCAACAACCUGCAACUCAAACUAAAACUAGAGAACAAACAUAUUCUAAAGAUUUAGAAACACCACUAAAAGCAGAUGUUGAAUUAUCAGCCAAAAGUCACAAAAAUCCAGAAACAUUAUUUAUCACACCACAAGUGUGUGUACGUUCCUUUUCAGUACAACGAAGUCAACGUGAAUGCGAACUACCACAGUCGCAAAAAACACGUACUGAUCGGGUCAAUGAAUUUCGCUCCCAGAAAGUACUAUUUCAGACACCUAUGGCAAUGUCACGCGCACCAGCCCACUGUGUACCAAAUGAUAGUCUAACAUUAUCACUCUGUGAUACCAUAAAUUUAGGCUGUGAAUCAUCGUCAAAAACUAAUGAAAGCAUUCCGUUGCCUGUAGAGAAUAAUCAGAUUGCUGUCGGCAAAAGUAAAAAAUCCUUGGAAAAUGCAUUUCAUGAAAUUGAUAAAAACAAGGAACACCAACAAGAGCCACAUUUUGCAAAACCAGCUGCAACAGUAUACACUGAAACUAGCAGUGGCGAGAAAGUUUUACAUAUAAAUAACAAAAAUUAUGUUAUAAUGCAGAAACUAGGCGUGGGCGGUUCCAGUUCAGUAUACUUGGCCAAACGUCAAUACGAUGGGAAAGAAUGUGCUUUAAAGGUUGUUGAUUUGCGAUGCGAUCCUGCGGUUGUUGAAGGUUAUCUUAAUGAAACGAAGCUUCUGGCAAAACUGCAAGGAGACUUCUCUGUGGUUGAGUUGUUUGAUUAUCAUUUAUUACGCACUGAGUCAAAAUUAUUUAUGAUCAUGGAAAAAGGUGAUUCUGACCUCCAUAAAAUACUGCAAGGCUACACCACCAAUUUGCCACUUUAUACUUUGAUAAGUUAUUUACAUCAAAUGCUGGAAGCAGUCAAUUACAUACAUCAAAGUGGAGUAAUACAUUCCGAUUUAAAGCCUGCAAACUUUUUGUCGGUAAAUGGUAGAUUAAAACUGAUUGAUUUUGGCAUUGCGAGUAAUAUAUCUAUUGAUUCUACAAGUAUUAUUAAAUUCUCACAAGCGGGAACCUUCAACUAUAUUAGUCCGGAAGCUUUAACGGAUACUUCGACAGGCUCUAGCCCAAUGCGUAGUAAUCAACCAAAAAUUAAGAUAUCUACCAAAUCAGAUGUUUGGUCUCUUGGUUGUAUAUUAUACUUAUUGCUUUACCAGAAAACUCCAUUUAGUCAUAUUAAAAACGUGAUGGCAAAAAUUAGUACAAUUUCAAGUCCAACGCAUCAAAUUGAAUAUCCCACAUUGCAACCAAUAUAUCCUGCAAUGCUUUUAAAUAUUGUAAAAAAUUGCUUACAAUACAAUCCUAAAAGUAGACCCUCAUGUGCUGAUAUACUAAAAUAUCCAUUUCAUAUGGUUGUGCCAGCUGAAUAUCUAACAAAACCACCAUCACCUACUUAAACCAGUGGAAUAAAAAUACCAAUAAAUUACAAAAUUAAUUCUAAGUCACAGUUAAAUAUAAAACAAAUUCGCUGCAUAAAGAA